UUUCCGUGUGUGGUGGCAAAAGGUUGUCGAGUUUUCUGCUAAAGCUAAACUUUGCAGAAUUAAAAUGAUAGCAUGGUUUUGUGUUACUAGAAACAGCGGCGCCUUGUUCAUGCAAAACUAUUGGAAUAUACUCCGUUUUUACGAAGGAAAAAGUCCACGUCCCAGUUUGUUAGCAUAACUAACUAGCGUGUGUUUUGCUAGCUAGCAUGCAGGGCAACGUUGUGAAUCUAAAUAACGCUUAACUGUAUUGAAUGGACUCCAAGUAAUUACAUUCUUACAUUUAUUUCUCUGAGACACAUUUCAUACUUUCUAGAGUUUGCUUACAGCUCAAUCGUUCUUUAUAUAGUCAACAGCUGCUGUAUUUUUAUCUUUGACUUGCACAAUAAUGUGACUGCAGUCCCGUGGAAUCAGAAUGGACAGGGACUUGUUGAGGCAGUGUCUGACAUAUCAUGGAGAAUCAUUGUUCAACAAACUCAAAUGUGAACAAAUAGAAAACCCAGACUUCCAGGCUGUGGUGUCUGACCUGUGCAAGGCCACGUGUGAAAGCAAGAGUGAUGGGCAGGACAGCCCCCUUGUUGAGCAGUUCAUUGCCAGAAAGGCUGACAUCCUGUUCUGUCCAACAUGGAAAACAGCCACUCAUAAAGAAGAGGAGCAGGAGGAGGAGGAGGAGGAGGAGGAUGCCACAGAGCCCUAUGCCAUCAUGCCACCGAUGGAGUUAUUCAUGGAGGUGUCUUAUGAGGAGAGAAGGACCAUGUUGUAUAGGGACUUGGAAAAGGGAGACAUUUUGGUGGGGAGGAUCAACAACAUCAGAGAAUACGGCUUCUUUCUCACUCUGCUUUGCACGGCUGGAGGAUUGAGGAGAGACAUAGAAGACCUGGAGCUGUCGGCUCUGUGUCACAUACGAGAAGUUCCCUCCACUGGCAGCCAUGAUGAUCCUCUGUCCUAUUACCAGAUCGGGGACUUCAUUAGAGCUGCAGUGAAAGACAUCGACCGCUACCAGGAGAAAAUCACAGUUUCUCUCCAACAGGCUGCUCUUUCUCCCGGCUUGGAGCACAUCAAACUGGGUGUCUUUCCUCGCGAGGAGUUGCCCAUACACUACAGUCGUAGCCUUCGUGCAGCCGCUGACUCCCGUGAGACAUACGAGUGUAUACUGAAGAGCUGCCAUGGUUACCACAACCCCUCUGUAGUGGAAUACCUGCUGGAGAAGGUGGGAGUUAGUGACACCCAACCACCAUCAAUGAUGAGAGGACUGCAGAGUAAACUUUUUCACGAGGAGGAUUUUGCCUCUGCAAUCAGGAAGAGACAGUCUGCAUCAUGGGCCUUGAAGUGUGUCCGUGCAGGUGUGGACCACUUCAAACAUGGUCGUCAUGUGGAAGCCAUGAAUGAAUACAACAAAGCGCUGGAUAUCGACACUAAUAAUGUAGAAGCACUGGUGGCACGUGGAGCUCUGUAUGCUAACAAAGGCAGCAUAAUGAAGGCCAUAACAGACUUUGAACUGGCCCUGGAGAACUGUCCAGAUCACCGCAAUGCCAACAAGUACCUCUGCCAGACUCUAGUAGAGAGAGGAAAACAGCUUGAGGAACAGGAGAAACUGGUCACAGCAGAGGGACUUUACAGGAAAGCUCUAUCUCUCGAUGAGUCAAACCCUGAGGCCCAGGAAGCGCUGCACAAAAUAACCGAGACUAUACAGGUAUCAAUUCGCCUGCGAGAAGAAGCGGUGGCUAAGGAGCAGGAGAAAGCUACGAGCAGCCAGACCAGCGCUGAGAAAUUGCGUAAGAUCUUAAAAGAGGAGAAGAGAAUGAAGAAGAAACGCAAGAGAUCAGCGUCUUCCAAUCCCUCGUCCACCGCUUCCUCCAGAGACUCUUCUUCUUCUUCUUCGUCGUCUGACUCCUCUCGCAGGAGGUCCAAAAAGAAGAAGAAAAGGAGGAAGCGGGGAAGUAAGCGCCAUCGCAGGAUCUCCUCAAAGGAGAGCAGCAGCAGGAGGAGCGAGGAGGGUAAGAGCAAGAAAGACCAGAAGGAAGAAGAGGUGGAGUGGUACCCCGCUCCUCCAAACACCUCCGCCACCUUUCUCAACCAGAAGGGAGGCCCGAGGUUUGGGGAGAGGGAUGAGGGGGAGGCAGUGGAGAACGAUGCUGAAGAUAAACGCAUCUCUCAGCUGUAUUCGUUGUCUGCAGCUUCAGAGGACGAAGAGUCCGACUCGUCCCAAACAGAAAGGAAGAGAAGGGACGGAAAGGAGAGUAGGACAGGGGAAAGGAAAAACAGUCAAAGCCAGGAAAGAGAGGAGAGGGGGAGUCGGAGUGGAGAAAGGAAGGAUAAGAGCAGUGAGAGAGGGAGGGAGGAUAACGGGAAAGAAAGGAGAGGAAGUGACUCCAAGAGGAGAAGCAGCUUGGAGGAGAACAGACGACGAACAGUGUCCUGCUCGUCUGCCGAGUCUGCGUAUUCACGGAAAUCUCAUUUCAAUCCUGAAUAUUUAGGGAACUCAAAAAGCGUAGAGAGUAAGGUGAGACACGACUCGUCCAAGAGGAACUCCUUCGAUGGAGGUAGGUAUGAGAACAGAGGGCGGGAGGAAAUUCAAGAAGUAGAAGAGGCAAAGGGAGAGAAGGAUAGCAGGAAGGGGGAAGACGAAAAUGUACCAGGAAGUGGUAGAAAAUCAGAAGGUGCGGGAAAUCACACCAGACAGAGUAGUUUGACCUCAGUGCCAGGAGGAAGCGUUAAGAAAGACCUCCCUACUAACCUGUUGGAUAUUUUCAAUCAGAUCGCCCAGUUUAAGAAGGGGAAGGGAGGCGGGCCGAGAAAAUAAGUCAAAACCAAAAGUCCACAAUGUGCCCAAUACUAGUGACUGUGAAAUGGAUGUUUGUACAAUGAAUUCAUUCAGCCCUGCUAUUGCGUUGUUCCCAGUUGUUGUGGAUUACCUUCAGUGUCAAAAUGUCUUCUGGUGGAUUUAAGGCUUGUGAGCGACGGUAGUAAUUGCUCGUCAAAAUGUUUCAAAUGGACUAGAAUAGUUCACAUGCCCCCAGGAUGAUCCAAUAUCCCCAGGUGGGAAGUCGCUCUUCCUGCUCCUGUGUGUUUGAGUUUUAAGUCGUAUUGUGAAAACAUGGAUUCUAAAAAGAUAUCUUGUUAUAUUAUUGAUCUGAGUGUUAAAACAACACAUUCAAAAAAUAUCUUUCCUAGUUGAGGGGGGCGUUCAUGCUCAAGUUGUGAUCGAAAUGUUCUGAACAUAAUUUGUGCCCAUGCUAUGCUAACUUUCCUGAAGAUGGUAAUUUGACUGUAAUCCCAAAACAUAACCUCAUUGGCAAAACGGAGGAAUGUGAUGAGAUGAAUUUUGUAAAUGUAUUAGUGUAUUUCAAGAGAAUGACAUUUUCCACUUAUUGUAUCUUUUGAAAAAUAACGACGAUUUCAAUGACUACAAGUAUUCGAUUUUAGGUCGGUAUUAUUUGAUCAUCUGUUGGGUGUUCUCCAUACAUAGAGGGUCUUUUUGUGUACAUUUUGACAAGGUAUUACAUAUCCCUCACUUCUGAGGUCACUUCAGUUGCUACAGGCUUUAAUGUCUCUUGUUUUAUGUUCAUUUUGAGUUGAGUCUUUUAUCUGUUCAAAAAGAUACUGCCUUAUGUUUACUGCCUUGGGCCAUUUGUGCUUUCUUUGUGUGGCUUGUUGAAUCCCAAACAACCUGACUGUUAGUACUGCUGUACCUUAUCAAGCUUUACACCAUGCAGAUGUUUCAGUUGUAUCCCGACACAUUUUUUCCUGCAGUGAAAUGGGUGAAUCAAUAAAGCAAUUAAAAUCUCAAGAUAACA